AAAUAUCUUAUCUAUAUAGCUGUAGAUCAAAAGCUAAAUAAAUAUAGAUCUAGAUUCUAGAUCUAUCUUGUUUUUAAAACUAUAGCUCUCUUUGAUAUGGUAGCCUAGAUUCUAUAUUAGCAAAAUGCCUAUUUCAAAAAAUAGUCAUGACAGCUUUCAUUCAGAUAUUUUCUUUGAAGAAGAAGAUCUUCCUUUUGAAGAAGAUAUACUGAGAAACCCUUAUAAUGUCAAGUGUUGGCUAAGAUAUAUUGAACAUAAAAAGGAUGCCAAAAAAGAGAUUCUUAACACAGUUUAUGAAAGGGCUCUUAAACAACUUCCAGGAAGUUAUAAAUUAUGGUACAAUUACCUGAAAUUGCUGCGUUCUCAAAUACGUGGCAAAGUUGUUACAGAUCCUGCUUAUGAAGAGGUGAAUAGUGCCUUCGAAAGAUCUCUUGUAUUUAUGCACAAGAUGCCUAGAAUCUGGCUGGAUUAUCUUCAUUUUAUAAUGGACCAAGGAAAGAUAACCCGAACAAGAAGAUCUUUUGAUCGUGCACUGAGAGCCCUCCCUAUAACACAACACUGCAGAAUAUGGCCUCUUUACCUCAAAUUUGUUAGAUCUUAUGACCUCCCAGAAACAGCUGUGCGUGUUUACAGGAGGUAUCUCAAGCUUCAAAAAGAAGGCUCAGAAGAAUAUAUUGGCUAUUUGAUUUCCAUUGGUUGGCUUGAUGAGGCAGCUCAAAGAUUAGCAGAUGUUAUCAAUGAUGAAUCUUUUGUCUCUGUGGAAGGAAAAUCUAAACAUCAACUUUGGAAUCAGUUAUGUGAAUUGAUUGCUAAGAACCCAGAUAAAGUUACAUCACUGAAAGUGGAGCCUAUCAUAAGGCAAGGAUUAAAGCGCUACACAGAUCAGAUAGGUGUUUUGUGGAACUCUUUAGCAGAUUACUAUAUUAGAGGAGGACAUUUUGAAAGGGCUAGAGAUAUUUAUGAAGAAGCUAUACAAACAGUUAUAACAGUCAGAGAUUUUACCCAAGUAUUUGAUGCCUGUGCCCAGUUUGAGAAAAGUAUGAUAGCGGCUAAAAUGGAAACCAUGGAGGAAGAGGGAGCCAGUGAAGAAGAUGACUUAGAGUUAGAAGUGCGCCUUGCGAGGCUUGAAGAUCUAAUGGACAGAAGACCUUUACUUCUUAACAGUGUUCUCUUACGUCAGAAUCCUCAUAAUGUGCAUGAGUGGCACAAACGUGUCACAUUAUUUGAAGGCAAACCUAGAGAAAUAAUCAACACUUACACAGAGGCAGUCCAGACUGUGGAUCCUAAACUUGCUUCAGGAAAGCCUCACACAUUAUGGGUGGAGUUUGCUCAAUUUUACGAGAAGAAUGAUCAAAUAGAAGAUGCUCGUAUAGUGUUUGAAAAGGCCACACAGGUACCUUACAAGCAUGUGGAUGAUUUAGCAUGUGUCUGGUGUGAAUGGGCAGAGAUGGAACUCAGGCACAACAAUAGUGAGGAAGCCUUAAAAUUAAUGCAAAGGGCAACAACUCCACUGAAAAGACAAGUAGCAUAUCAUGAUGAGACAGAGACGGUACAGACACGUGUGCACAAGUCUCUUAAAGUCUGGUCUCUCUAUGCAGAUUUGGAAGAGAGUUUUGGAACAUUUAAGUCAUGUAAAUCUGUGUAUGACAAGAUCAUUGACCUGCGGAUAGCCACUCCUCAGAUCAUCAUGAACUAUGCCAUGUUUUUAGAAGAAAACAACUAUUUUGAAGAAGCUUUUAAGGCUUAUGAAAAAGGAAUAGCUCUUUUCAAGUGGCCCAAUGUCUAUGAUUUGUGGAAUACUUAUCUUAACAAGUUCAUAACUAGAUAUGAAGGUACCAAAUUAGAAAGAGCCAGAGAUUUGUUUGAGCAGUGUUUAGAAAAAUGUCCAGAAAAAUAUGCUAAAGAAAUUUAUCUACUGUAUGCUAAACUUGAAAUGGAACAUGGAAUGGCACGUCAUGCUAUGGCUGUUUAUGACAGAGCAACACGAGCAGUGCUACCAGAGGAACAAUAUAAAAUGUUUAAUAUUUACAUCAAGAAAGCAGCAGAAGUGUAUGGUGUGACUCACACUAGAACAAUCUAUGAGAAAGCUAUUGAGGUUUUGCCCAAUGACCAAGCAAGAGAAAUGUGCUUACGAUUUGCUGAUCUAGAAAAAAAACUUGGAGAGAUAGACAGAGCUCGGGCUAUAUAUGCUCAUGGGUCACAGAUUAGUGAUCCCAGGGUUGCCCCUCAGUUUUGGGAGUCUUGGAAAGAGUUUGAGAUCAAUCAUGGCAAUGAAGACACUGUCCGUGAAAUGUUGAGAAUAAAAAGAAGUGUGCAAGCAACAUAUAAUACACAGGUCAAUUUUAUGUCAGCUCAGAUGUUAGCAGCACAGACCAAGAAACAAGACAAUAUAAAUUUAGAGGAGGGUAAUGAAAUGCAACAACUAGAGGCACGAGCAAGGCAACUAGCACAAGAAUCUCUCAAAGAAAAAGCCCAAGCUGAGAAAAAGCUCUUGUUUGUUAGGAGCAGCACCACACAAGAAGAACUUGGAGAACUUACCAAGACCAACAAUCCUGAUGAAAUUAAUAUUGAUGAUGAUGAAGAUGAUACAGAUGAGGAAGAAGAAGUGGAAGAAAUGGAAGUGGAACAACAAACAGUUCCUUCUGAGGUAUUUGGAGGUUUGGCACCACACAGGACAGAGGAUGAUGAUGAUGAUGAUGACUGAUGUUAACAAAAACAAAUUGAAAGAAUAGAUUUUUUGUUAUUUUCACAAUUUA